AUGGCGAGACACCGGCGACGAACGAUUCCGCCACCGUUACUGCCCUCGGCAGACACGGGCGGGUUGCGACCAGGUGAGCCGAUCUACCCACCCGAAAUGAUGUCUAGCGAUGCAGUGGUUGCGGAGUCGACUGUGCCUGCGUCGAGCUGCGCUAGGCCGUCUCCCGACGUUGCCGCGCCUCGCUGGUUGGUGGGGCGGGAACGCGAAGGCUCAACGCUGCCGGCGCAUCUGUCAAAAAAUGCCAGCUGCAUUCCGAGGCUUGGCGUGGCGCGACGAUCGCCCCACCGUGCCCUGAGCCGUUCCUCGGCUCGUCCCGAAGUCGAAGUGGCAAGGCGACAAACACUCAAAACUCCUACUGCAGAGCAACAGCAACAGCAUCAGCAGCCGUUGCCUGCGGUCCUCGGUUCGGCUUCGAGUGCAGCUCCGUGUGGGGCUAUGGACGAGCGACAUGCACGCUUUCUGUGGGUAAAGACGGCAGCGGGCGCUCAAUACAAGAGAUCCUCGUCUUCGCAUGUGGUCCAGGCCUCUCUCCAUCCCCCUCCACCAUCAGACCAAACGUCCGAGCCCAUUGCCAACAUGAGCCCGUGGGUGUUGUGUACGCUCCUAUGUGCGUUGGUGGCGCUUGCAAGGGCGCAAUCCACCGGCGUGCCCGCCAUCAGCUCGCUCAACACUGGCGUCCGCUUCCUCUACCAGAACGACUUGGACUGGAACAGGGCCGAUUCGUCCAGGCGCCAAGAAGGCUAUCUCCUGCUCACCACCCCGCUCACUGCUACGGAUGCUGCCGCAAAAUGUCGGCGCCUUGGCGAGACGCUGGUCCCUGCCUCCGCCUCGUCCAAUGCUGGCUUGCAGGCCCAGAUGAGCUACUUGCUCUACGACGGCAGCUAUGCCGCAGGCCAGUCGUUCUGGGCUGCCGAUGGGACUGCCCUCAAGUCGUCCUCCUCGGGAAGCCUUCAGGCGACCAAGCCGAGUGCUGACACCAAGCUGCCGGCACUUUGCACGCAGAGUGCACCUUGGAGGGCGGCCAACUCGACCGACACCUCUGCCAAGUGGCAGCUCACAGCCCAAAGCAACGGCGUCAAGUUCACAGGCUUCCGCGAUGCACUCUCGUUCCGCUUCCAAGCCGUGCCUUUUGCAAACCCUGCUCAGCGUUUCGCCUAUUCGUCCGUGUACGAUGGCAGCACAUCCACCUCCGUGACUGCGCUUGACACGACGCGCAACAAGCAGUGCCCGCAGAACGGUUCGGGCCCAUACUCGGAGCAGUGCCUGUAUGCCAACGUAUUCACGCCUUUCCUGCCGACGUCGUCCGAGACGCAGAGCACCAAGGCGCUCAAGCCCGUGCUGCUCUUUAUCCACGGCGGAGGCUACGCCUCGGGCAGCGGGCUCGACUUUACCUUUGACGGCGGCAACAUGGCGAGUCGCAGCGACGUUGUGGUAGUCACGCCCAACUAUCGUCUGGGUUCGUUAGGCUACCUGGCGUACGACGAUCAGAUCCGUGGCAACUAUGGUUUGGGCGAUCUCGUGACCGCGCUCAAGUGGGUGCAAAAGUAUAUCAAGGACUUUGGCGGUGAUCCGAGCCGCGUGACCAUUGCGGGCCAAUCGGCGGGUGCACAGCAUGUGCAGAACCUGCUCGCCUCGCCUCAAGCUGCAGGCCUCUUCCAGCGCGCCAUUGUGCUCAGUGGAAAGGGACACGAUGCAGCCUUUGUCUAUCCAACCGUCGAGCAGGCUCGUCAAGGCCAGGCCGGUGCGGUAGUCAAGGCGCUCGGAUGCGACACUGCCUCGAAUGUCCUCUCGUGCCUGCGCGGUAAGAGUGUGGGUGACAUGCUCAAGAACCAGUUCGCGAUGAUCACGCAGGAUGGAACGUACAUCCGCUCGCCACGCCUUGACAUGAGGUCACCCGGUCGCGCGCAGGGCCAUGUGAACCGUGUGCCGGUGAUCUGGGGCACCAUGCGCGACGAGCUGGCCUCGCUCGGCAUCGUGCCGCCCGCGUCCGAGACCAGCUUUGCCAAUGCGAUGAAGACGGCAGGCAUCGCAUCCAACUACAGCGACAUUGCGUUGCGCGACACGGCAGCGUUCCCCGUGAACCGAGGAUACAGCGUGCAGAAUCUGACGGUGAGCGUCAACACGGACAUCAGGUACCGCUGCGGUAUCCAGGGCAUGGCGUACGCCUCUGUCGCCAAUGGCGUCUUCCCGCGCGUCUGGGCCUACUUUUACGACCAGCGCUCGUACCAAAUCCCCAACUACGACCCGCAGGCAGCGUGUCAGCCCAAGGGUAGCCUAGACCCUUCGAGCUACUACAUGUGUCACUCGGGCGAUCUCAUGACGCUCUUCCACACCACGGGCACAGCCUUCCGCCUACCUUACCGCGACGCCAACGAUCUGCCGUGGAUGGCGUCGAUCAUCGACCAGUUCUCCGCUUUCGUCCGCACAGGCAACCCGGCUCCGGCGGCCGACUACCUGCGCGCUCGAGGCCAGGCGUAUGCUUCGUCGCUGGCGAGGACCACCGCGGCGGGCACCACGUGGACCGCAAUGUCGACCUCGAAUCUCAACGGCCUCAGCUUCGGCCCUGUCCAGCAGAGGCUCGAGACGCUGGGUCAGAGAAACGACCAGUGCGCUGCCUUCAACAUGGGCCUCGAUUACAUCGCCAAGCUUUGA